UGUCAGUCCCGGGCCGGCUCCAGCCGCCGCUAGAGCUUCCAACAAAACACUGAGUAGAUACAGGGAACAGGAGGCAUAAGCCAUCUUGCCAGUGCUGGGACCAGCUCUUUCUGCAGGGGUGUAAGGGCCCUCACUGCCCCUCAUCUGCUGCAGGGCACAGAGGAGAAGGGGGCCAACCCAUCCGUGGCGGCUGGCACAGCUCUAGCUUGUCCCUUAUCCCAUUUAUGACAGGAGCUGCUGGAACAGCGGACCAGCAUCCCACCAUCACAGCGCAUCCAGCCUGCAGCGAACAAUAGCCCACUGCUUCCACCUCUCUGCCUUCCCUACGCGUAUGCCAUGGGAUAAAUGUCGGGAUGAGGUGAAACCCCCAGAGAGCACAGUUACAGAGGGGAACCCUCCAUCCUGUGUGAGGAUCGCAGAUAAACUCUUAUUAUGGACGAUGCAGGGAGCUCAGCCUUGUGCGGGGACCAUCUAGCCAUCAUCUGAUACCUGUCCUGUGCACUCCGGCUACAGAGGCGGCAUCCGGGGCUGCUGUCCUGCGGGCUGCAAGAGCAAACUAGCACCCGCACAGUCACACAGUGUCUGCCAGAGCCCUGCCGCCGCCGCCUGCAGCCCCGCACCCUGCACUGUGCAGGACACAGGAGAGAUGAUGAUGAUGGCACAGUGAUGCCGGGCACAGGCUGACACGCCUGGGGGGGCAGCAGGAGACACACAGAGGAAGUUUCCUACAUGCCAUUAGCCGGGGAGUGUGGGACAAGGAGGCAUGGAAGGAGGACCAUAGGCUUGGCUGGGGGAGAGGCUGCCAGGGCACAGAGGCGGUGCAGGGCUGCUGCUGCUGUUGCUGGGAUCCUGGGGUAAGAGGUGCAUCUGCCUGCAGAGCUGCACACAAAGCGGUGACAUCGGCGAGUGUGCAUUGUCCUGCCCUCUGGGGGUACUCGCUGCUGCUGCUGCUGCUGCCAUUGGGAUAGCCCAGCCCGCUGACUCGCAGGAGCAGGCACGUACUGUAGGAGGACAACAAAACCAUCUGAGACUCCCUCCCCCCCUCUCACCCGCCCAGCCGGGGAUUGGGCACAGUGACACACUGACACCGCAUCCCCGCUGCUCCGGGACCCCGCCGCCGCCGCCGCUGCCAUUGUGGAUGCGCUGAGCAGGUGCAAAGUGCGGCCGGGAGGAGACCAUGGACAGCGACCGGGACAUGUACCGCCACUUCCAGGACUGGUGCCUCAGGACUUAUGGGGACUCCGGGAAGACCAAGACCGUCACCCGCAAGAAAUACGAGCGCAUCGUGCAGCUGCUGAACGGCUCCGAGUCCAGCUCCACGGACAACGCCAAAUUCAAAUUCUGGGUGAAAUCGAAGGGCUUCCAGCUGGGGAAGGCGGAGGAGGGGAGCCCGGGGGACGCGCAGGUGCUCCACGUCCCUGUCAAGACCACGGAUGGCGUGGGCAUUGAGGAAAAGCUGUCCUUGCGGAGAGUGGCUGUGGUGGAAGAUUUCUUUGACAUUAUUUAUUCCAUGCAUGUGGAAACGGGGCCUAAUGGAGAACAGAUUCGGAAGCAUGCUGGUCAAAAGAGGACGUACAAAGCUAUUUCGGAGACCUAUGCCUUCCUUCCCAGAGAAGCAGUGACCAGAUUUCUAAUGAGCUGCUCAGAAUGUCAGAAGAGAAUGCACUUAAACCCAGAUGGAGCAGAUCACAAAGAUAAUGGAAAACCUCCCACUCUAGUGACAAGCAUGAUCGACUAUAAUAUGCCAAUUACCAUGGCUUACAUGAAGCACAUGAAACUGCAGCUCUUAAAUUCGCAGCAAGAUGAGGAUGAAAGUUCCAUAGAAAGCGAUGAAUUUGAUAUGAGCGACUCCACCAGGAUGUCAGCUGUGAACUCUGACCUCAGUUCUAACCUUGAAGAAAGGAUGCAGAGCCCUCAGAAUCUUCAUGGACAACAAGAUGAUGAUUCCGCUCCAGAGAGUCUUACUGGUAAUGAAACCUUGGGACAUAGCUCAAAUGCUACAGGAGCAGCUAACAGCAGGGAGGUGACAGAAGCCAACACCAAUGGAAAAGCAAGUGCGGAGCAGGAUGAGCAGCCAUUGAAUCUGAGUGACUGUCCACUGUCAACUCCACCAAAUUCUGAAUUCCAAAUAGAUGAUCACACUAGUAAUGGAAAAACAAAGUACAAGAACCUCUCAGUCAGUGACAUGAAGAUAGAGCGGGAAACAAGAGAGAAUGGCAGCAAGUCUCCAGCACAUAGCUACUCCAGCUAUGACUCUGGUAAAAAUGAAAGUGUAGGUGGUUGUGGUGAAGAUUUGUCUUUGAACCGGGGUGAUGAAGAUGAAGAUGACCACGAUGACCAUGAAGACGCUGAAAAGGCAACUGAAGCAGACGGAGUAGAAGCAGAACGCCUGAAAGCUUUUAAUAUGUUUGUCAGGCUGUUUGUAGAUGAAAACUUGGACCGAAUGGUCCCUAUCUCUAAGCAGCCCAAAGAAAAGAUCCAGGCUAUCAUUGACUCAUGCAGGCGACAAUUCCCUGAGUACCAAGAGCGUGCCAGAAAACGCAUACGCACUUACCUCAAGUCCUGCAGGCGGAUGAAAAGAAGUGGUUUUGAGAUGUCACGACCUAUCCCUUCGCACCUCACCUCCGCUGUAGCAGAAAGUAUCUUGGCCUCGGCCUGUGAGAGUGAAAGCAGGAAUGCCGCCAAGAGGAUGAGACUAGACAGGCAACCGGAUGAACCAGCACUACCCGACAAACCAUGCAAGCAAGAAACUGCACAGGUCACUUACUCCACGUCCGCUGUAUCCAGCACACAAGAAGUGCUAUACAUCAAUGGGAAUGGGACUUACAGUUACCAUAGUUACCGGGGGCUAGGAGGAGGCUUACUCAAUCUCUCCGAUACUUCUAACAGUGUGCCUCCACCUAGGUCGUCUUUGGAUGGUCUCGCAACCGGAGGUGGACGUGUGCUUCACCCUUCAGGCGUUGACCCGGUUGACCCCCUGCCUGCCUCACCUGCGACACCAAGUAACAAUACAAAUGGGCCAACAGAUCUGAGCAUGAAGAGUCAGCUAGCAACUACUUCCACAUCGUCCAGCAGCGCAAGUUCCAGACCUCAGCUAAAUCUUACUGAAAUUAACGCAGUCAGGCAACUAGUCGCCGGCUACCGGGAAUCUGCAGCAUUUUUGUUACGUUCAGCAGAUGAACUAGAAAACCUGAUCUUACAGCAGAACUGAGUCACACAACAACAUCUUCCCUGGCCUGAUUUAAUCCCGGAGUUCCACUAAUGACAUGCCGACAGUGUAGAUGCCAGAGUGGGCCUGUCCAGUCACGCACUGAUGAGUAGAGGAGCUAAUUACCAUAAUGCCACGCUGUUUUCAGUCCAUGAAGUGAUGUUAAGGUGCUGCCGGUGAACUUGAGACCUCUGACAUUCUGCAGGUCUUUGAUGUGUCCAGCUUUUUGUUCUCAGUGUGUCGGUUUAAAUAUUGCAUAUGUGGCUUGUAGAUCAUUAAGUCAUGCAAAGCAGUGGAGCAAAUGGGAGACACUAAGAUGUUAAAUUAUUUCCAAGUGCAAUAUUAGUGGAAUAUUCUACUGACUCUGGAAUUAAAUCUACAUGAUACGGCAGGAGAAAUUGCCAAACAUACCCUCAUGGUAGAAUAUUCAAUGAAGGAUUGCAUAUUUUUUAAAUGAUGUGAUUUUUAUAUGGUCAUCUUUUUUCAUGCAGACAUUUUAAUUUAUAUGACAGUGAACUUUCCACAUUCCCUACAAUUGAGAAAUUAUUUUCAAUUGCCAUUUCCUACAGCCCUUUCAGUUUCCGAUUGCUAGAAGAAAGUGCACAGCAGGUAACACGUCCGCUGAGGGGUAACAGGAUCGAGGAAUGUAUACCUCCAUGUCCAAAUGAAGCCAUUUUUCAAGUGAUAUUUUCUAUAUGUUAAACGUUGUUUUCAUUUUAAUGAUUUUGUCAGUGUAGAGUAAAGGUCCAAGGCCUUUUGUGUUAGCUGCUGUUGUGGAGAGCAUUAGAGAAAAUGGUUGAGUAUCUGGGUUUUGGUUUUAGAUGAGACAAGGUCAAAUAAAUCAUUUGUAAGGUACCAUACCUGCUAAAGCCUUGAAGCUACAUAUCUAAUAUAAAAGGUACCUCAAAAGAAAUUAUUACAUAUUCAAGAAGAUUGAUACUCUUCCAGAAGAGGGACAUGUGGGAAAGUCUCCUUAGAUGUUGGUUCUAGAGAGCCUGGAUUAGAGCGCAUCAUGUGACAUGGCACUGCCUUACAAUACAAUUAUACUAAAACCUCUAUGAUUGGGAGCAGGUUUUCUAUACACAAUGGAGAACAAGGCAGUGCCAUCUUAUAAACAACAGUUUGAGAAAAAUAAUGCAGCUUUAAAUGUAAUUGACAAACAUUUAAAUCUUCUCUAUUACCCAAAGAGAAUUGGAGCUUCACAAACCAGAUGAUAAAACUAGAAUUCUGAAUUUUAUAUAUGUUUACAAAUGUACUUUUUUUUUUUUUUUUUAAAUUAUUAUUAUUGUUGGUGAAAUGUUAGUGUGAAGUAUUCUGCAACAACAUAGCAUUGGCAUAUAUGUAGCUGGAUCCCCCUGGCAGUGAUGCCAGGGUAUCAUAGGAUUCUAGAGCAUCAAUUACAUUACAAGUUCUCUGUAUAACACAACCCAGGGAAUGUAUAGCUGUGUUCUUUCAUCAUCAUUUUUGCUGCUGUAACGUGUGCAAGUCCUUUUCUCUGAGGUUGGAUAUUGCUGAUAUUUUAGAGGCUGCAAGUGACAAUCGGAUUAUUUGCACUCUGGUGUGAAUUUUUCAUUUUACACAGAUAUAUUUAGCAACCCAUUGGGUGCAAUAGACAUCACCACUGAGUGCCCAACGGGUAAACACUUUUGCUACCGGAGGUGUUAGCAGUACAGUGCCAUGCAGAACCGUGCACUGCUAACUGCUCUCCAAUAAAAAGGGGGUAAAUUAUAACCUUCCAUAAGACCAGAACGUGUACAAAAAAAUCUGUAAAUGAAUACAAAUUCCAGCCUCUCUAGUUCAUUAUUUGAUGAUGUGGACUACACAUUACUAGUGUUUCUUUGUGCACUGAAUCAUCUUUUUCACUUUAGCAGUAGAAGGUACUUUAUUCUUUGCACAGUAUGAUAUUUGUUUAGUUGUUUAGCUUUUGUUAAAUAUCACGUCCCUUGUGCAUUCCUGAAUUUGCCUUAUUUCAUGUAAAAAUGUAAUUCAAUUUUUGACAAUGAGUUUAAGGCAUCAGUGAUGAUAUUUUGUACAUAACAUACCUGUUUUCUAUAGACUGACUGUGAUUGUGACUAGGUAAUGUGCACUUUUUCUUGUAACUGUGGGCAUUGCUAUGCUUUUUUGAGUGUUUCUAGAAUUAUUGUUGCUUACUUACAAAAAAACUUUUGUGAUACUGUUUGUGAAAUAUAAUGUGAAAAACUAUUGAAUUAUUAAUAUUUUUAAUAUAUUGUACAUUAUUAUUAAACAAGACAACUUUAAGUUGUGGAACCAGAUCCACAGAUUUCAGUGAAAAAAAAAUCAAAGAUUUGAGGGCUGACAUUUCCUCUGUUUUGUUUGGAUAAAUAAAUUGAUUUAUGUGUAAAACGUA